AUGCUGGAUCUUAUUUCUUUUCAUAGCGGAGGUGCUGGUUGGUGGGGCUCGUGGGGUUCGGAACUCCUUUCAAGUGUUCGCGAUAAGGUCGGUAUGCUGCAGAGUACUGUAGCUUUGAUGAUGUUUUUAUAAAUCCUCCUCUGGCUGGGCUGUGAGUUUUUGACAUUGCAUGAAAUGAAAACAGUAACGUAAUGACACAAAGCUUACUCCUGCGAUUUUCUUAAAGAUAAAGUGAAGCAACAUGGCUAGGGAUUGUAAUCAUCUGUUAGUUGGAAGGUUCGACUUAAGCUUAAUUUAGCUAACUUUAAUAUUUAAACGAGGAAAAAAAAAUUGAAGAAUCGUCAUGUGGCUGUUGGAAAUCUAUAGAUGGCUUUUUGCAUGACUUCAUAGAUUUUAAGCUUUUUCACAACUAAACAACACUUAAACGAACAGUACAGAGCAAUUUUUUGCAAAGGUUACCCUUUAAUAAAUUCUGAGACAUUUUGUCUGAAUAAUGCACAUAAUGAUAGUUAUAAGUCUGUUGUUCUUUUUUAAUCAGUCUGCUGAAGCUUUGAACAUGGUGAAGCACGACUUGUCAGAGUUUGUUUCCACCAUUCAACAUGAUACAUCUGCCGUAGUGGCUGAUACUGCUACAGCUGUUAAAGAAAGUCUGAAGGUAACAUAUACAAACUGUAAAAGUAUUGAACCCUUUAGUCCCCAAAAUCACCCAAAAACAUUGAACCAAGGAAUAAGUGGAAUAUGAAUUUAAGGAGGAGGAAGGCUGGGGGAGCUUUGUGAUUUUCUAUUUUGGCCUUUUAGCUUACCAUUUUUUAGAUAGAUUUUUCUCUUUUUGCUCUUGAUAUUUGGAGUUGUCACUUUUACAGUUUUCAGACCUGCGACAAUUUUCCCAGAUACUGAGAAUUCAUCAGCAAUAGGAAGGAUUCUUUCCUGUACUGAUCCUGUUUGCUUAAAUUUGGCAAAAAGAUCACCAAAUAAUACAAUUCAACCAAAUGAAAUUAUUAUUUUGAAUGCCUGUGUCACUAGUUGAAAAAGUUUUUGAGAGCUAGAUCUGAGUAUGGUUGUUGUAUGUCCUUCAUGACAGUUGUUGAAUUAUCUUUGUUAGGUAGAAGAGGAGGAAUCAGAAGGAACAUCAGUUCAUUUUAAACAAGGUACAGAAUAUGACCAGAAAAAACAAAAAAAAAAAAAAAUUCAAAGCAAAACAACAACAACUACAUAUUUAACAAUGUUACAGACAGUCAUUUAGACGUGUGUUAUGUGUUAUGCCAAGAUAUCAUAUGAUUAUAUCAUGUGACUUUGUUGCUUGGCCCAGAUUUUUUUAUGUUGAGGACAGUUUCACAUAAUUGUUUUAUUACUAGGCUGAAUAUUCUAUCCUGACCUUAUAGGUGUGUCCAAAUUUCUUGGGACCUUGUCCAAUAGCUUGAGGGAGAACAUUUCUCAUGUAACUGCAGUUGCUGCAGUCACUUCUGAUGGUCCUGAACCAGUCUUUGACAGAAUGCAGGUAUUUGUUCAAUCUGGGGUCCUUCAAUUCCAAUUUUUAUGUUUUUUAAAGUUCUUUAUUUGGCCUUUGUCUUUCCCUGGUACAGACUGUCAUAGCUAUUGUCCAUCACUUGAAUUGCUGCAUGUAAGAUCUUUUAGUUAAAGAUAGUGAAUAGUUUACAUUCAUAUACAAGCUAACCUAUGCUUAAUGAUAAGAUAAGUUAUGGGUGAAAAAAUUCGGCAUAACGGAUAGGAAAAUUUACUUGAACUUAAGCUGAGUAGACUUGCUGGAAGAGGGGAUAUGAAUAUUAAAAGGCAUAGAGAAUUUCCCAGGGGACAGCUAUGGCCAAAAUAGCAUGUUAUGUGGGAGCACGCAGCUAUCCAAUGAUUCAGUUGUCAUAGAGUGGCUUUUCAUCAAUGAGUAUAGUUUGUUGAUUAUCUGCAGAAACAUUUUUUUGAUGAGUGCAGUGAUCAGUGAUAAUAAUGUGACAACCGUCAUUGUGAAAGACAGUCUUCUGUACUGUGUUGUGACUGCUUUCCAUAUAAUGGUAGUUGCUACAGCUGCUAUGAUAUCCUAGAGUGCUGGACCUGGAAACUGCUGAGAUUUUACUUGGUUAAACACUUAUAUCCCUGACUCCCAGGCACUAAAGAUCCCCUUGGUCUCUCAUGGGUCUUCCAGUAAAUAACCUUUAAACCAGUUGCAAUAUUAUUAGUACCUUUGAAUUUCACAUGAAUGCACAGUAACAGUUUAUGCAAUCUUGUUUUUUAAUUUAUAAUAGAAAGUGGGGAAAAUCUUCAAAAGCCUUUACUGUAUUGCAAUGCCUAAUCAUUUCAUGAAAAUCAAUUUUUUCAAAGGCACGACUUCAUGAAAUUCAGACAGAUCCAGCCACAUUUUGUUCAGAGCCAGAUGGUAUGAAAUGAAACCUGAUUCCUUUAUACAAUUUAAUAAUAGUAAUCUUCUGAUAAGCAGCUUUUUUUCUUUAUAUACUAUUUUGUACUUUACUGUUUUGAUCAUCUACAGGUGUAUAAACCUAGUAGCAGUACUGAUCUUUGGGCAUAUUGCGUCAUUCACACUUGCCUUAUUUCAUGCAUGUAAUCAGAAAUAAAUCUUAAGAUUUGCUGAUUAAGCUUUAUUCUAUGGCAUUAGGUCAUUUUGGAGUGUACGAGGAGUGGUGCAAAACAUUUGACCCAGAACAACACAAGGGGGAAAUAUCUGAGCUGCUUGUAAAUGUGCCUGAAAUAAGGGCCCUCUACGCAAAACUGGUAUGUCUGACAUUCUUUUAUUUUCUUUAUUAACACUUUUGUGGAAGCAAAGGAACAUACAGUAGUCAGCGUGCAAAGAAAGUGAUGUCUGAUAGCCUGGGGCUACUGGAUUUUGCUGUCGGGCUAGUGAAUUCUGUUCUUAAUUUGCGCGAUGGGCAAGUAAACUUUUUUGGGGGAAAUUCAAAUUACAGAAGAACUGCAAUCAAUCCUGCUCAUCAAAUUUUUUUUGGGCUAGUUGAAAUGACUUUCGGGCUAGUACAUGUUAGCUACAGCUUGCCCAAAUGGCAAGCUGUAAAACUGACUUUCUUUGCACCCUGACUACUUGAAAGUCACUUAUUCAACAUCUUGUACAAGCAAGUUGCUAGAAAAGUUGGCACCAUAGUUUCCUUCUUAAAUUGCAAAUCCUCAUGGAUAAACUCUGAACAAGAACAGUAAUAAAAUGAUAUUUCAUAUGGCUUAAAAGUUAAGAGAAACAACCAAGUGUCUCAUAGUAGCUGGGGAAAAUUCCUAGCCUACAACCCUGAGUUACAGCCAAGGCUCUAGUUGUUUAAAAGAUGGAUUGUGCUAGCCACUGCAUAAAUUACUAUCCAAUGGAUAAUGCAGUUGGUUUUCCUAAUACUUAUCGACUGGACAGCAAUUUUUCUAGGGGCCAGUGUUGUAGCACUGCUAACUUUGAGGUGUAGCGACUGACUAUUGACGUGAUCAUUUGAUGUUAAAGUGUUCACAAAUGUAGGUCAGAAGCUAUUUUGUUUUCCAGGUUCCUAGUGCUGUCAGUCAUAUCCUGUUUUGGCAGAGAUAUUUUUACAAAGUUCAUCAGCUUGAACAGGUGGGCUAUUAAUUUUUGUUCCUGUAUGCUCACCCAAGUUAUCAAAACAAAUCAAUUUAAGUGAGUGAAACAUCUACAUUUCACAUUUUUCAGAUACUGCAGUUCGUGUGAGAUGUACAGUACCGCUCAAAAAUAACUUAAUUCCAGUCUCGUCUCCUUCCAAGAAAACCCGUGCACAGAAGUUCUCUCAUCAUUAAGUCCGUAAACAUUGUGAAGAUGCUUGAUACUUGAACUUUUUCCACCCUCUCACGAAAUGACUCCACCAUCUCUUGAGACGAGGCUCUCAUCCUGUAUGCAGAGCUGAGUUGAGGCUGCAAAGCUCUUGGGUGAAAGGGAGAAAAGGGAAAGCUUUUGUUUUUUUUGGUUUGUUUUCCCCUACUUGCUAGCAGGCUAAGCUGAGUUUAAAAUUACUCAAGUCUUGUAAAACUUCUUAGCAUUUUCAAGGAAAGUGUAACCCCGCCAAAUGGCCACCUCGGUAAUACAGUCACCCUGCUAUUACAGCCACUUUUUUUCAGCCUGGCAAAACGGCCAUACAUUUCCUUAUAAAAAAAAUCCAUUAAUGCGGUUACCCGUUAAUACGGCCAAUGGCCAAAUUUUAAAAUCCCAAACAGUAGACUCUUUUAUAAUUUCACCCUGUUAAUAUGGUCACCUGUCAAAAUUUAGAAGAUAAAAAUGCCUGUGACAUGUCAAUUUCAUUGACCUAGCAAGCUGAGCCUGUUCUUGUACUAUUUUAGACUACAGUACACUUAAAAUGAAGGCAUUUAUGGUGGCUAAAUAGCUAGUUUUUUAGAAGGGUUUUGUGUUUUAUUGAAGGAAAGUUUCACAUACAUGUAGUUUAAUAUACAUUUACUGUAUGUCAUAUUGACUAAAUUCGGGUUGUUUAUUAAGGAAAACGGUUGUUCAAUGAGUACAAAAGCAAUGUACAGCCUGUAUAGUAUAUUUGACAUAACAGCCCUUAAUUCACGAAGUUUGACCCUGCCCAGUAAUACAGCCAAAUUUUUUUGAUCCAUUGGUGACUGUAUUAACAGGGUUCCACUGUAUUCAUAGAAAAUCACGUCUGUCGGGUAAAGGUUAGUGGGGACCCUAAUGGGCUAGUGUUUUCCCAGAGUUGUACAAUGAGCUGUUGCUUGUUUUACAUAAUGCCAUUGGUUUGUUCAACAUGCAUUACAAGGUGUCUGCUUUAGAGAGCUUGUAGGACUUACUCAAUAAUAGACUUUUUAUUGAAUUAUGCCCAACAGGAAGAAAAGAAAAGGGCAGCACUUGUUGCAAGGGCAAAUCAAGCAGAAGAUGAAGAACUAGGAUGGGGAGAUGAUGGUUUGUACAGUUAAUGCAUUUGUUUCCAAGAAUCAAGACACUGGGGGAUUCCCAUUAUAAAAAGAUUUUUGGAAAUUUGUAGGGUUAGGAGUUGCAUGUAUACUUAAACCCCUUAAGCCCUAAUAGACCCACAUACAAAUUCUCCAGACUCACAUGUAUAUCCAUACAUUUCCUUAAAGAAUCAAUUAAGAGAAUUUUAUAAAAGAUCAAAACUUUUUCCCUUUGAUGAUCAUUUUGUCCAUUCUCAUAACAGUUUCUCUCGAUUGUGUAUUGGUAUUGUUUGGAGAAUAUUGAUGUUGAUAUCUCUUGGGACUUAAGGGGUUUAAAAUGAGUUAAGGAUAAGGUGGGGCUUAAUGGGACUGUGUUACCAGGUCACUUUGUUGAUAGGGAGCUUAUAAAUAAGUAACAACGACAGCAACAGCCACGAAAACGUCACUUAACCCAUUCGCUCCUGGAGAUUUUGCCGAAAAACGCGUUUUGAAGCUAGUCAAGUGGUUUUCUGGUCACUGUCGUGCUAUAAAGAGCUAAAACUUACCACAAACCGGUUUACAGGUCGUACACUUAGCGGCCUUCUGAUGCAGAUGCAAAAUAUCAGCUUGCGAAGUUCGGGCAUGCGCAGAAAGCAAAAUUUCGAGAUAGUUUUUGGGUUUAAAAGUGACACAGCAGUCUUGACUUUUACUUUUCGCUUUCUCUCCUCCCUUCUUUUUUCAAGAUUUUCAGGUCAAUGUCACGUGGUUUUUUGCUUCUUUCUCUGGUGUCCUUGACUGAAUUGUGCUCAUUCUGGUAUGGUUUGAAAGAUCUCUUCACUCUGCACAAGUUAGCGAAGAAAGUUGUCCUUGACUGUUAAAACUGAUGAUGUCACAAAGGGUAGAAAGGACCUGGAUCCGCACGGGCAGUUACGGGCGGUUCAGGGGCGAAUGGGUUAAAAAGUGAAGUCGCACUUCUUCAGACUUUGUCGUGCUUAUUGUCUUGUGUUCAAUUCACCAAUUGUUGGCAGUUUCUUCUGGAGUUGAAUUCUAAAAGACUGUAUCAAAGCUCAGGAAAAGAAAAAGAAAGUCAUUGUCCUGUGUUCACAUCCCCCCAAAAACUUGAAAAUAGGCAUUUCACGUCGUAGUCGUGCAAUGACGGUAAAGAAAUGUACAAAAAAGCAUGAUGCAUGUGGAAAGUAGUUGUUUUGCUAAUUAAACCUAUUGCUUAUUUGCCAUUCUUGUUGACAUCGCUGCUGUCGUUACUUAAGCUCCUUAAUAUUGCUAAGUACAUGUCAUUAUUCGCAGAGGAACUUAACGUUAGCAAAAUAAUGUAUUACUUGCAAUAAUGACAAGAUCACUGCCUUAUGUCAAACAAGUUUUUGUCUCCCAAGCAUUAUAAACUAAACAAACAAAAAGAACAAAAUUUGAAAAACUGUUAGGCUAAAAGUUUUCAAAACCCACAAUAAAAAAUUGAAAUCAGUUUCAAUCUUCUUCAAGUUUAUCCAUUCAUUCCUUCUUUUGCAUUUGCUGUGUGUUUUUUUUAUACCCUCUCAGAGUAUUAAGGGUGUUUUUAUUUUGUUCACAAAAAAUUCAUAGUUUUAAUUAACUUCUGAAAAACACUCCAGAUUAUAUCCAAGGUUUUAUUAAUGAAAGUAAAAUAAAAUGACUUAAACUUAAGAAACAUGCCUGUACACAUUCUUUUUUCUGAAAAAAUCAUGUUCAAUUUUUCCUUUUUCAUCUUACAGUCUCUGUCUUCAUCAAGAAACUUAAGCCUGGUUUUCAUUAGCACACAUAAGCAUAAGCAUAAGCAUAAGCACAUAAUUAUGUAAGAAAGUGAAAACUGGGUCGACAUAAGUGUAUUAAGGAUAAGCACAAGAAAAACGGAUAACUUUGUUCUUCUUGUGCUUGUGCUUAUGCUUAUAUCGUAGCUUUGACUAGUGAAAACAGGGUCGUCAUAAGCACAAGGCCGUAACCCAAUCAUGGGCCACUUUUACCCAGACCUCAUGCGAACAUAUCAAAAGCAAUAUGGUGGACGCUUUAUCUGCCAUCUUGUUUAUCAUCGGGUUGAGGAGAGCUGGUAUCGAGAAUAGAGUCAAAUAGGCCAUUCUGCGUGUGCACAUGUCCUUAUUCUUAUGCUCAUGCACUAGUGAAAACCAGGCUUAAGUGGCUUUAAUAAAUUAUGUUAAAAAUAAAGAUAUUAUUAAACUUUAUCAAAUUUGUAGUCCCAGAAAAGGUUUUGAAAUGUGCUACUUGUCAACACCGUAAACCACAUGCACUUGGUGAACAAGCUUCCUGGUCAGUAAUGUGGGCAGCAUUUUAUUACCGGUGUACACGACAUUAUAAUAUUGACUAUGGAUAAAAAGUGACUGUUAUUCUCACCAUAACGCUCGCUAGAAUGGCAAGCUCAUGUGGAUGCCUUUUCUUUAACUGGUGAGAUAGAUUGAUGUCUGGGCUUUUCACACACUUGAAGCUGUUUCAUUUCAUGCUUAUGUGUGUAGUAAACACCAGAGACAUACUCAUUCGAAAAAAUGUCCCAGUAGAUUUAACAUUAUUAAUUUUGCUUAUAAUGGUUGAAAUUCUUCGUUGUUUCUGUUUUUAUUCUUUUACUAACAGAUUUGUGGGAUACUGAAGAGGCUGGAGUGGAAAGUGUUUUGAAUAAACACGUUGAAGGAAGCAAGGAUGUUGUGCUUGAUAAAAGAAGUUUAACAAGAUUAGAGGAAAAAGAGCUGAUGAAUGAAGUGUCUGAUCAAGGGAAGUCAGAACAAACUGAGGCGGCUAAAAAAUCUCCCACAGCUGUGGGAAAACAGGAGAAAAUUGAUGACACGACUGCAUUGAACAAAGAUACAAGCGAAGAAACCACAGAAAGAGACAAAUUGGAGUUGAAGGAGAAUAAGGAAACUCUACAAGAAGAUGCCACUGAAUUGUCGGUAUCUAAAAGAACUGAGCACAUCCCAGUGUCUCAAGAAACUAAACCAGAGAUCACUAAUGUGCAACAAAAAGAUCCUUCCACGUCUGAGGUAUCAAACUUACAAACAGCAGAUAAACCAAGUGAUGCAACAACAGGUCAUGAACUUCAAACAGCAACUCAUAAACGGGACAACUCAAGCGGCUCUCUUGACAGCUCCUGGUCCAAGCUUAGUGAGGCCAAUAGUGAUAAAGAAGGUAUGAAGUAGUACACAGUAUUAGUACACAAUAUUAAAUUUAUCAAACAGAAAAAGUUAUAUCGUCUCAGUGCAAGAAGCAUUCUGAUGAAAUUAGGCACAGGCUUGGUUAAAUAAUAACUUUUGGGCUUUGUUGGAGUGUCUCAUUAUUUAUUAUUGAUCAAUACGAAUUCUAAGCAGUUAUGGUGAUUUUAAACAAUCACAGCUUCAAAAUUAAUUUUCCCCGCGGAGAACCGCCCUGAAAUUAUAUUCGCUUAUAGUACCCGAGAGUUUCAGAAGCUUUGGAAUAGGUUUGUAGACAAAAAGGCGAUGGAAAGACAGUAAUCAAGUAACUGUUACAAGUCGAUGUUUCAGUCUUUUAUACUGGGGCCAAUUUGAUAAAACUUUCACAAGUGUAAUUUUUCUUGUUUAAAAAAAAAGCUGCUCUUUUAAUUUAAACUUUGAAAAGUUUUAUUAAAUUGAACCUGAUGUUUUGUCGCUUGACCCCGAGUUACUGUAUAUAACAGUUGACAACCGUCCUUCACCUUUCCAGGUAGCUGCAGUAGAGAAAGAAUCAUAGGGUCUGGACACAGCUCCAGUUCAUCCAGUGGGGUACUGGUACCUAGUGUGGAUGACAAAGAUGUGGACUGGGAUGAGGAUCUGGAUUUAGAUGCUGAUGACAUGUCUGAAGAGGAAGUAAAACGAAUCAUGGAGAACAUGGCUGCAAAUAAACAAGAAACAGGAAAUCAGGAAGAUGCAGAUGUAGAUGUGAGUUAUUUUUAAUUCUUACUCUGUGAGCAUUGUGAUCCAAGCUUAUUCCUUUUUUCAGGCUUAAAGAACGAGAGUUGCAGAUGCGGCGAAUCGGAUCUGAUACAUUUCUUUGGGGCCAACUGCGUAUAACCUAAAGUCAGACGUAACUACUAACGUCUUGCGUUACGAUAAAGAGUUUAACUGGCCUGAAAGUCAGAUGUUAGUGGUUACAUUCAAUGUUAAUACUCAGUAUACGGCUGGCCCUUGAUGUUUGGCCAUAGAACACUGGACUGCAAAACAAGCUCCCCUCUGGGCCAAGACGCCGCGAUCUUUUGUCCCUAGAUCUGUGAUUUACCAGUAUUAUAGUAGUUCUAAGUAAGCCAAAGCCCAUUUCUGAAAUCCUCCAAGAUUCACUCAAAACAAGGGUAAGCAAGAGCGAAGGCGUUGAAGAUUUGUUUUUUGAAAAAAAAAAAAUAGAAAUGGGAAAAACAUAUUAUUUUCAAAUGAAUUAGCUAAAGAAAUUAAUCUGGCCAAUGUUCAAAAAUUCAAGCAAGGAGGAGCGGCAAAACACGUGCCAUCCCGGCUAUCAUGUGCUUUAACAGUUGAUCGGUUGAAAGUGUAGCGAACGAUUCUGCAGCCGAUGGUGUUCUUUGAUAAGCCAUUUUUGAGUUGCCCAGAGCCUCUCCUUUAAAGCGAGGCUAAGUGCGAAACCAUUGAUUUGAAAAUGAUUUUUAUUCUCAUGAAAAUUCAUUAUCGCAAUAAAGGUUUUGCUCUUGGACCCACUAAGUUUUGAAAGUGAGGAGCUUUGGAACUUGCAAAUGGCCCGUUGUGUAUGAUGCUGUGAAGCGUCGUGUGUAGAGACAGAUAUAGUGAUUGAUGUUGUUUAAUCAACAGGACGAUGAUUGGGAGAACUGGGACUGAUGCACUAGAGUUGCAGCGAAACAAGCUCUUAGUUCACGAUGUUUUAUCGAUUCCACUCGCAAGUGAUACGAGUUUAAAAUUUAAGAAAGCAUUCAAUACCUACUUUGUCAUAAUACUGGAAAACAAAGAGUACCACAGAAUUUUAUGGCCACAAAAUUUGGCCGGAUUUUCCAGUGUAAAAUUGCAUUUCGGUAAGGAAAAAAAACUGAUCUAGCGUCUGGGAAAUAUGAACCCCCAGCAAGAGAAGGGCAGUCUGUUCAGUGUGUUGUUGGUUAUCUUACAAAACCAUUUGUAGUUUUGGCCGAUUCGAAUUUAAACGGUUACUUGUCUUUCCUUUUGAACCAUGGUUGCUUAUUGGAAUUUGCCCCAGCGUCGGUUCAGAUCAUUUUUUCUGCGUAAAUUGUUUAUGCUUUAGAAAGUCUUUUGCGGUCCGUCCGGGGGCGAUAAAUGGCGUAUAAGUUGUGGUUG